CAAUAACUUCCGCUGACGAUUUUUGAAUGCAGGGCGGUUAAUGUUGGUUUACGACUCAUAGGGGCAAAGUAGCAGAAAAAUAUUUGUCUCAAUUUUGAGAUAGAAACGUUCGCAAAAAGCUACAUUAAACAGACUAUAAUCUGAGAUGGAUCCUGCGUUGUCGAAGAUUCUUAUCGGGCUCGCUGUCAAUAUAAGUCGUAGUGAUGGAAGAAUACACAGUGCCACUGUGAAAACGGCCAAUGCCACUAAAUCUACAGUGAAUGUGGAAUGGACUGAGAAGGGCAUCACUAAAGGAAAAGAGGUUGACAUGGAUGAGCUCAAGCAACUCAAUUCUGACCUUAUGCAACACCUUCAACCAAGCUGCCAAGAGAAGCCUGAGUCCGCCCCUGUUGUUUUUUGUUUUUGUUGUUUAUUUCAGAAUGUCAAAGCAUCAGAGCUUCCUUCAAGGUCAUCAAGAAUACCUACUACUUUAGAACCUGGUCCUCAGGACUGUUCGUCUGAAGAGUCAGCUUCUAGAAGGAUGACCACACGUCAGACUUGCAUGUUCCGACAGCCAGCCCCUCCACCUGUGGUCUCGGCAAUGGCUGCAGAGGAUGUUCUCUCUCACGAUCUUCCCUCUUCUACGAUCCCUAAACCUUCAGGUUACCAGAGGAGAUUUGUUUCGAAGCCAGCUUCUCCUCUGCUACCAACCGCUGAGGCUAUUUGUGAGAGUGAGGCUUCCAAAUGUGCCCCCAUGGGUCCACCAAGCCAUCGCAUGUCUCAGGUCUCAGAAACAAACAAGAUGGCAAACAAACGGUUGUCGCUAGCAAAAAAUUCUGAAGGACCGAAGAGAGGAAAGUUUGGAGAUACAAGUCGACCUAAUAAGCAGUUUUACCAGAUGAUUGAGGAAUACAGAGAGACCCUGGAGAAAGUACCCAUGUCCUUGUCUGAUCCUGUCAAACCUCACAGAAUAUGUGUCUGCGUUCGCAAACGUCCUCUAAAUAAAAAAGAAUUGGCAAAGAAAGAGAUUGAUGUGGUCACAAUCCCUGGUAAUGGAGCCCUGCUGUUGCAUGAGCCCAAGCAGAAAGUGGAUCUAACCAAGUACCUAGAGAAUCAGACCUUCCAUUUUGAUUACUCGUUCGAUGAAGAUGCCACUAAUGACUUGGUUUACAGGUUCACAGCUAAACCUCUGGUUAAGACCAUUUUCGAAGGUGGUAUGGCGACGUGCUUCGCAUAUGGCCAAACAGGCAGUGGAAAGACCCAUACUAUGGGUGGAGACUUUUCUGGAAAGAGCCAAAACAGCUCUAAAGGGAUUUACGCCCUGGCAGCGCAGGAUGUAUUUACCCUCCUAAGGCAAAAGAGAUAUGCUGAUAUGGACCUUUGCCCGUAUGUCACCUUUUUUGAGAUCUACAACGGCAAGGUGUUUGACUUGCUGAAUAAGAAAGCAAAGCUGCGUGUUUUGGAGGAUGAGAAGCAGCAGGUCAAUGUUGUUGGCCUGUAUGAAGUGCCCGUGUCAUCUGUUGAUGAUGUUAUCAAGAUGAUUGAGAAAGGAAGUGCAUGCAGAACGUCUGGUCAAACGUUUGCCAAUGCCAGCUCAUCACGUUCACAUGCGGUCUUGCAAGUAAUUCUGAGGCGGCGGAAUUUCCUUCAUGGGAAGUUCUCUCUGGUGGACCUUGCUGGGAAUGAGCGUGGCACUGAUGUCAGCAAUAAUGAUCGGCACACCAUAGUGGAGACCGCAGAGAUCAACCGCAGCCUGCUGGCUUUGAAGGAAUGUAUCCGGUCUCUGGGUCAGAACAGCGAGCACAUCCCGUUCAGGAUGAGCAAACUCACCCAGGUGCUUCGGGAUUCCUUCAUUGGAGAGAACUCUAGGACCUGUAUGAUCGCAAUGAUCUCGCCGGGUAUGAACUCUUGUGAAUACACUCUGAAUACACUACGUUACGCAAACAGGGUAAAAGAACUGAAUGGUGUGUCUAAGGGAACUUCAGUGGAGAACGGUACAAAACUAGAGCUUUCUGAGGAAGGAAGCUCCUCAGAGGAGGAGUCUGUUCUCCCGGCAUUUGAGGCUAUAUCCCAAGUGUCUGAGAUGGAGGAGAGGUUCUAUGAAGAACUGAAGGGGUGCAGUGAGAUUGCAGGAUCUAUGGAAUAUCCCUCGUUUGAUAUAGUAGCAAAUUUACCAGAGAUUGACAGAUUCAUGAGCAAACUGCAAGAGUCUUACCAGGCUUUGAGAUCAGCUAUUGAAGCAGAACAGAGGGUCAGGAUGUCACCAAACUAAUCUAAGAUGAGAUUCAGCUGCGAACAUCUGCAAAGAAACCUCUUACAAAAGCUAAUGCAACUUCAGUUUGUUCUUUUAAUAAUCUUAUCUGCUAUCUGGCUAGAGAUAUAUCAAGUGUUCGUUUUUUGUGUAUGUUUUCAUUGUUUUUGUGUACUGAAUAAAGGUUCUCUCAUCUUGAA